AUGGAUGCUAUCCUGCAGAUCUUCAAGCGAAGCAUCUGUCCAGGCACCCCAUUCUUCGAAUCGCUAGCUAAGAAGCCUCCUACGACGAUGGACGACUUGUUCCGGCGCGCGAGCAAAUACUCAAUGCUCGAAGAUGACAUGCGAGCAGCCACCCAACAAAUCUUGGUUGUCAGACAGGCAUCCAGAAGUGGUGCGGAAAGAAAUGCCAAACUUCCGGACCAGCCAAGGCCGUCCGGUCGAAGGCAGGAAGAACAAGGCCGCCCGGAACUGCCGCCCCUCACACCCCUUUCCAUAUCCUAUGAGAAGCUUCUCCCUAUGAUCCAAGACAUGUUCGACUUCAGGUGGCCCGGACCCCUCAGAACGGACCCAUUCAAAAGGGAUCAUAGUAAAAAAUGUGCCUACCAUAAAGAACAUGGUCACAUAACGGAGACGUGCAGGAGCCUCCAUUAUUUGGUUGAAAAGCUCAUAAGGGCGGGACACUUGAAGCAAUACCUCCGCUCAGAUGCCAGAGGUAGAGAUGCUUCCCGAAAUCACCACUCUGGAACCCCUAGGGUUCCAGCCGCCCCCAAAGCCAUUAUAAAUUAUAUCAACGGAGGCCCGUUGGAUGAGGAAUACAACUCCAACGAAAUAGACAGAGGCUGUUGCGAGCAGCAUCGGUGCGUGAGCGCAUCAACUCCAUACGACCCCACACAGAUAUUGCAGCCGCACCGCGACGCCCUCAUCCUGUCCCUGGAGAUGGGAGACUUCGACGUGAGACGCAUCCUAGUUGACCCGGGUAGCUCGGCCGAUCUUGUGCAAGCAUCAGUAAUUUGCCACAUGGGACGCAAUCUCACAGGCCUCGAAAACCCUAGGCGAAUUUUGUCCGGAUUCAACGGAGCGAUAACUACUUCCUUGGGAGAUAUUGUACUGUCGGUCCAAGUUGGCCCAAUCAUUCUCAACGUACAAUUUUCGGUGGUACAAGAUUUAUCACCCUUCAAUGUCAUCUUGGGGCGCACAUGGCUGCACUACAUGAAAGCCAUCCCCUCUACGUACCAUCAAAUGGUAAACUUUCUUACCGAGGAUGGGCAAAUCGACCUAUACGGCAGCCAGUUAGCCGCUCGCCAAUGCUAUCAGAUAACACGAGAAGUAGGGACCAGCCAGGAGGAUAAACCCCUCCCUGAGUCCACCCAUGCACUUGACCAAUAG